AUUACUUCUUCAUUGAUGAAAUACCAAACUUACACUAUGCGAAUGGCUUCAACAUUCUAAUAGCAUAUUUUUAAUACAAUAUUUCGGAUAUGACAAACGACAAAUGACGAAUACUCGUACUAAAAAAAAACGUUCCCAACUUGAUAACACCUUUCUAAUCUAAAGUAUAUUUACUUUAUUUAAUCAUUUCGCCACACCUGUUUCCUCAUUCGAAGUCAAAUACGCGCAUACAGUUCGUACUCAAACUUCAAACUGGAAUGUGGAUCGAAUAAGUGUGUUUCAUUUUGGCCAUGUCGUUUACCAAAAAAUUGUUCAUUUUGGCGCUGAUUUUAGCGGUGAUUUCGUCGGAAGUGGAGGCCCGUAGGAAGAUUUUAAGGGGUCGGAAAACCAUCACUAGAACAUACUAUCGUGGUUUGGAAAUACCAGGAUGGGUUACGGUCAUUUUAUGGAGUAUUGGAAUUAUCGUCGUCAAUUCGAUAAUUUACCUCGGAUUAAACAAAUGGAUCAUACAAAGGAACGAGCCCCAGCCUGCUGUUCAAUAUAGAAUGGAGCACGAAGUUUGAAUACCUAAUUAUUUCUACGCACAACCAUUUCAUAACCAAUGGGUAACCUGCGAUCGAGAAGACGAAAUUAAUCAUUUUUCAAAAAUAAUAUCGUAACAGAAAAGUAUGGUCAAUUAUUUCAUACUAACCCAACAAGAAGCGAAAACGACCAGCUUAUGAAUACAGACACGAAACUCAAAAACACAGCCAAAGCUCGUUUUUUAUAAAACCACGAUGCCAUUAUUAAAAAUGUAAUAUACCUAGAACGAGUAAAAAUUGGUAGAAAACUUCAA